GUGGUCGAGUGUGUGUGACUCAGUGAUUCCCCAUUUUUCAGCACUGACAGUUGCUUCGCAGCCCAAGACGAAAAAUUGGGGAUUGAGAAAAAAAAAGAAAAUUAACAUAUCAAGUGAAGAAGUCACAGUAGUAAUCAUAAUUCCACAUAAAACAUAGAGCACAUAUUAUAGGUAUUGCAAUUGUUUAAUUUGCUUGUCUAGUAGAGGCCAGUAUUUAGGUGAAAAACCUCGAAAGACGUAAGUGAAGUGCAUUCCAGAAGAAGAUUCAGUGAGUUUAUUUGAUUUAACAGAGAUUACAGUCUGCUAAGUGAUUAAAUAUCAUAAAAUUUACAUUAUUGAGUGUGAAGUGAAAAAAAAAAGUAGUUGAAGAAGUGAGUCAAGAGUGAUUUUUGGUGCAUGUUUGAGAGGUUUUUCGUGUGAGAUUAGGGGAAGCUCCUAUUGAUUUUUCCCUGCUCGCUGGUUACAUCAAAAUUCAGCAAAAGAAUUUGUGAGAAAAAUAUCAGCAAUUUUCUCACAUCAUUUCUGCCACAAAUUUCUCCGUUGGAAAAAAGCACAGGAAAUUCCGCCAUACAACAAAAGGGCACCAUGGAGACGCAUCGAAUUGAGGUGGAAUGAUACAAGAGAAAUCAAGAUGAUUUCUGAUUAAAUUGGAAUAUACCUUUCAAUUUCCUGGAAUUCAAACAUAUCCCCAAAGCAUUUCUCAUGCGAGAGAAAUUGACAAUCUUUCUGCACGAAAAAAAUCCUAAAAUGACACGGAGAAACUUUUUAAGAAGAAACACAUAAAAUUAUAGUACAUCAGCCAAAGACUUACGAAAAUAGAACGAACAAUACUGACGAACAAAAUAGUCACAAUAAUCAACAGGAUUUGCAAUCAUGAAACUCAAACUGACUACUCCAAAAAUGUCCUUUCUCUGGCGUAGACGAUCGUCUGUACUGAAGAUUGCACUCCUACUGACGGCAGUCUGGUUUACCAUUGCCUUCCUGAUCUAUUCAGAGGACAGACAUUCCCGUACGAAUCAAAUACCCAACAAUAUUCCAGCACCUCAGCAUCUGGUGGAUGGACAUGGAGAAGAGUUUGAGGAGUUCAUUCAGGAGAGUCACAAUAACAUUCAUCCACCAGUCCGUGUGAUAAAAAAUAGUAAUUCCCUUAUUAAGAGUAGCAGUAGUCAACGGAGGAGUAGCUCCUCAAACUACAAAUUCAAUGCACAACAGCAAAAUGGUGAUGAUGGAAAAGGUGUUUUAGCAGCUCCGGCUGACAUUUCACCAGAUGCACCAGGUGAAAUGGGUCGUCCUGUUGUCCUGCCAACAAAUAUGUCCAGCGAAAUGAAGAAGUCAGUUGAUGACGGAUGGCUGAAGAAUGCCUUCAAUCAAUAUGCAUCUGAUUUAAUAUCAGUUCAUCGAACACUUCCAGAUCCAAGAGAUCAAUGGUGCAAAGACCCCGGCAGAUAUGGCAAUAAUCUUCCAGCAACAGCCGUGAUAAUAUGCUUCCACAAUGAGGCUUGGUCGGUGCUUCUGAGGACAGUGCACUCAGUUCUAGACAGGUCUCCAGAUCAUCUCAUACAGGAAAUUAUUCUAGUCGAUGAUUAUUCGGAUAUGCCUCACACGAAGAAACAGCUAGAGGACUACUUUCUGCCAUAUCCCAAAGUCAAGAUAAUCAGAGCACAGAAGCGCGAAGGAUUGAUCCGGGCCAGACUCCUUGGAGCAAGUCAUACAGAUGCACCAGUACUAACAUACCUGGAUUCCCAUUGUGAAUGUGCUCCGGGAUGGCUUGAGCCACUCCUCGAUCGCAUCGCGAGAAAUUCCACGACUGUUGUGUGUCCCGUUAUUGAUGUGAUUGACGACACCACGAUGGAGUUCCACUGGAGAGAUUCUGGCGGCGUGAAUGUUGGUGGGUUCGAUUGGAAUUUACAAUUUAAUUGGCACGCCGUUCCUGAGCACGAGAAAAAGAGGCAUAAGAACUCCGCCGAACCUGUUUGGUCACCCACAAUGGCCGGUGGUCUCUUCUCCAUUGACCGGAAAUUCUUUGAGCGCUUGGGAACCUACGAUUCUGGCUUUGACAUCUGGGGUGGGGAGAAUCUGGAGCUGUCAUUUAAAACAUGGAUGUGCGGUGGAACUCUCGAAAUUGUCCCAUGCUCCCAUGUUGGUCAUAUCUUCCGAAAAAGAUCUCCGUACAAGUGGCGUUCGGGAGUUAAUGUCCUGAAACGCAAUUCCGUGCGCCUGGCUGAAGUGUGGCUGGAUGACUAUGCACAGUAUUACUAUCAGAGAAUUGGUAAUGACAAGGGAGACUUUGGGGAUGUGUCGUCGCGAAAGAAAUUGCGACAGGAUCUCAACUGUAAAUCCUUCAAGUGGUACCUUGACAAUAUUUAUCCGGAAAUUUUCAUCCCAGGAGAAGCUGUUGCAUCAGGCGAGAUCCGCAAUCAGGCAUUUGGAGGCAGGACAUGCCUGGAUUCUCCGGCCAGAAAGAAGGACUUGAAGAAGGCCGUUGGUCUCUAUCCAUGUCACAAUCAGGGUGGCAAUCAGUACUGGAUGAUGAGCAAAACAGGAGAGAUUCGCAGAGACGAGGCUUGUCUCGAUUAUGCUGGUCAGGAUGUUAUUCUCUACCCCUGUCACGGUUCUAAAGGCAAUCAAUUCUGGACAUACGUCCAAGAUACCAAACAAAUCCGCCAUGGCUCGUCAGAGAAAUGCAUAGCCAUCAAUGAGGCCAAGAAUAAGGUGAUCAUGGAGGAAUGUGAUCCUAUGAAAGAGCAACAGAAAUGGCAGAUGCAGAACUACGAUCCUAGCAAGUAUUGAACUAAGAAAAUAGGUAAAAGUAGGUAAAUAAAAACAAAACCUUUUAUAUCAUUUUGGGAGAAAGGAGUCAUCUCCCUUUUUGCCAUUUUAGUGCAUAUAUAGAAUGUGAAGAUGGGAAUCCCGACAAGGAUUUCUUAUUUUCAAUAUGCCAAGAUAUCCUAUUGUUGUGAGAUAAUCAUUUGGAAUUAUCGUGAAUUAGGUAAUUGAGAAAAUAAGUAAAAAUUUCCCCGAUUUACAUAUUUUAUGAGCAACACUGAAUAAUUUUUGUUUUGUAAGCAUGUGUUUGAUAUUGAGCAGAGAGUGAGCGAAACCUACUCUGAAAAGGUUUGUAAAUCUUUUGUUGGAUGUUUGCCAAGAGGAUGUAGGUCUACCUUUCUUAAAUUGAGAAAUAAACCUUUGACAAACUUUUGUCAUCCUUGCCAUCUCGUGUCUUAAAAAUGAAAUAGAAGAGUUUCAUUUUGAGGAGAAAAUCCGUCAUUCAAAUAACAAACUAUUUUGCAAGAAAACGUUCUCAUUGAGAAAUACAGAAAUCAUUGUACUUCCUUGUCAGUAAGUUGGUUAAACCUUUUUGGAGUUUUAAUUGAAUAAAAAACAUCCUUCCUUCUAUAAAUAAAUUAUUUUUUUUGAAAAACUUUGCUAACUUUUCAGAUACUGUAAUAGAAGUAUCGAAUACUUUCUAAAAGUUUGUCAGAAAGUUCUUCCUAACAGAAUUUUAAAGUACACAGAAAAAAAAUAUUUUAAAAAAUUGUUCGUAAAUGUUUGUAAAUUCCUAUUGGGGACUUACGAAAUGUUCGUAAAUCAUAUGGGGUAAAUGUCCUAAUUCAAAACCAUUUCCAGACGCUUUAACUUUGUCAGAAGAUUCAACACAUUAAGUUCAUAUUAUUUCUGAAAAGAAUUACAUAUAUUUACUCCUUGACUCUUCUAGAAUGCCAGUGUUUAGUGAAAAUUCUUUAGAUAUAAUUUGGAAACUUCUUAAAUACAAGAAAAAUACGCGAGCGUAAAAUGCUUCUAUUGGAAACAUAUUAAUUCAAAUGGAGACAAGGGAAAGUUUCUAAUUGGAGACAAACAAUGUAAGUGAAACCGCAGCGAAAGGCUUCCAAAACCUUGUUGAGUUGCUCUUGAGUGCAGGAUUUGUUCUUAUUCCUGGUAUUUUCUCCUUUUCCAUCUAAAACAAUAAGAAAAUCUCUCCAAAAAAAUCUUAUUUCCGGGGUUUCCUAUUGAAGCAUUUGCAGACACUUCAGAAAAAACCUUUUUGUUCACGAAAUAGGUAAUUAUUUCAUUUGAAAACUUCACGUACCGUUAACAAUAAAGAUUAGCACUGAAUUUAACUAAAAUUAGCCAGAAAUAUGACAUAAAUGUUAAACAAAACGAAUAAACAACAGUCACCUUAUUGUGUUUUUCAUUGGAAAACAUGGUCGAUCGAUAAAAAAUUCGAUGGUGAAAAGGUACACUUUUAAUUUUUCUGAGAAAUUAACAAAGUAAAAUUUGUGAAUAUGAAUGGAUUUUCGCUUUAUUUGGAGCAAAAUUAACUAAAUAAUGAAAUUGUGGUAUAGAAAAUAUAUGAAUAUAAUAAUUUAGUACUGUAUUUAUCAUAAAAACAAUGACGUUUCCAUUUGGAGUAGCGAAAAAUUUCCAUUUGGAGCAGGUUUUGAAUUAACUUAAUUUACCCUAACCCAUAAACAAGUUCGUAAAAGUUUGUACUUUUUUCACAAACAUUGUUCGAAAGAUGAUCAUUUCUAGAUUUUUGUUUGUAGAUUUGUAGAUUUUUUUGUCUAGCAAAAAUGUACGAGCAAAUGACAAAAUUUAACAAUUUUUUUGUGUUUUUACGAACAUUUACAAACAAAUCUUUGUAAAAGUACAUAAAAUGCUCGUCAAAUGAUCAAGUUACAAACAAUAUUUGUGAAAAAGAUACAAACUUUUACAAACUUUUUUGUGGGUUAUACGAUUUACGAACAUUUCGUAAAUCCCCAGUAGGAAUUCACGAACAUUUACGAACAAUUUUCCAAUUUAUUUUUUCUGUAUAGGUAGAAUAGCAUCCAUUUCACAAACUUUUAACAAACAACUUUAAAAGCCUUUGCGAAAUAUUUUCAAAUUGUGAAAUAUUUGUCACUUUAAUACAAAUAACAAAAUAUUUGGUAAAAGAAAUUUUUCGACAUCAUGGUAUUACAGAAAAGCGUUGUACUUUCUUAUCGAUUGUUUUUAAAAGUUGUUCAAAAGUGUAUUGAAGUUGCAAAUGAACAAACAAACCAAACAAACAAUCUCGAUUCAACAAAUAUCUUUGUUUUUCUAUUUUACAUUCAAAAUUAAACUUUUCUUUAGAAAACUUUGCUUACUUUUUAUAUAGUCUGAUAGUAAAAGUUUCUGAUGUUAUGUUUAAAGUUUGUCAAAAAAAAAGUCUGCCAAAGAGGAUUUUAAUAUACUCUGAAAAAAUUUUCUUGUUAAACGGACAAAUGGAUCUUAUACAAAUUUUGUCAAGAAGAUGUUGUUUAAUAUGGAAAAACAUCGUAUUGACAAACUUUUAACAAAAUGCAGUAGGCCGUCGAUUUGACAAAAUUUCUCUAUAUUUUGUAUGGAAGAACAUUCUUUUGACAAACUUAUUUUUUGUUAAUUUGGCAAGAUGUUUUUUUUUGUUCAGAGUAGGUAGAAUGGCGUCCUUUUGACAAACUUUUAACAAACAACUUUAGCAACUUUUCUUUCAGUGUUGCAAAAUUAAAAAUAAAGGUUGCUAAUUGAGAAUUUCGAAAUGAUAGUCUCUUUAUAAUACAAAUAACAAAAUAUUUUGUAAAAGAACCGUCGAUUUCAUAUUGUCGCUUGGGUCAGCAAUUGUUGUAACUUGCUCAUCAUUUAAAUCAGCCAUUUUUGUGUAGUCUGUGCAUUACCUUACUAUUACAAGAGUUGUUGUUGUAGAUGAUGAGGAAAUUACGGAAAUUGCUAAUCAUUGUAAUAUAAUUGUUCGUAAAAGUACGUUAAAAAAAUUUUUUAAAGUUGGAAUUGAACAAAAGACACAUCCCUUCAAAAAACAUUUCUGUCUCUUUAUAGUUUAUAUUCAAAAUUAAACUUUUUUUGGAAAUCUUUUUAAAUUUUCCAAGUAGUCUAGUAAUUUCUAAUAAUUCUUAGUCAAAAAGUUCUUCAAAACAUAAUGCUAAUAUCGGUAGAAUAGCAUUCUUUUGAUAAACUUUUAACAAACAACUUUAAAACCUUUUUUUUUAGAGUAAAACUUUCGGAAAUUCUCAUAAGCAAUUUAAAAAAAAAACAUGUUCACAAAACAAAAGUAGUAAUGCGUAAGCCAAUAUGCUGGAAAAAAAAUAUUUUAAUUGUGAUUUUAAACCCGUAAAUAUUGUAUGUAUAUAAUAUUAAGACAAAUGGACCUAAAUACUUAUAAUGCAAUAUAUUUUAUAUUUUUGUUAGUCUUUUUUUGUGUAAUUGCGUGAGAUCAUUUUUUAAUGUAUAUUUAUUUGUCUUUUUUUAAAAAUAUAGUAUUAACUACUGCCGAGUAAUUUUAUCAAAUAAAAAGACAUCUUUAUAAAAGAAAUUAUAUCAUUAAUUGAGCUUCCUAGUAGUUAAAAAAAAAAGUAUUUUUGGGAGGGUUUGAAAAAAAAUAGACGCUCAAUGAAAGCAGCAAUUACAGGUUCUUAUUUUCCUUAAAAAAAUACUAAAAAAGCUCAAUAAAUUUUAGGACAAAAAAAAAUGUUACAAAAGACCCCAAGUAUUAAUCAUAAUCAUUUUAAAACAACAUAUCCGUAUUGAAGUAUACAUCAGUGUAAAUGUGAUAAGAUUGCGAACAAAAAUAUCAAUUCCUAAUCACAAAUUGAGAUUUAUCUUUCCAAAAUUUAGAAGAAAUAACAAAAAAAAAACUAAAUAACUAUAAAUACAAAAUUUCUUUUGGAAUAAUAGACUGAGACAGAAAAUAUUGCAGAAUAACGACGCAGUUGAGAUACAAAGAACAAAAAAUAAAUAAAUUGAAUAAAUAAAUGUAGAAACCUCUAUAAUAAUCCGUACUUACUUAGUGGCUGUAUUGAAAUAUCAUAGUUAUAAUACAUUUAAGUUGUGCAUUUAAGAACUGCAUUAGAAAAAAAGACAAGUAAAUUCCAUCUUCAAUUGUUGACAUGAAAAUUAACACAAAAAGAAAUAUUUGUAGCUAUUGAAUAUACGAAUUUUGAAGACAUAAAAAAUAACAUUCCUAUAGAGUUUGAGGUGUAAAUAGAAAAUACAACUCAAAAGUAAAAGUUUUAGAUUAGCGAGUAUGGGAAUGAGAGAUUAUUUUGUAAGGAUUCAGUCACGAUCAUUGAGAAAAUGUGCCUUGUAGCCAUGUAAGAAUUAUUGUAAAUACUUUCUCAUCGAGAAUAAAUUGUGUAUUUCAUUUCGAUAAAUAUAAAAA